UAAAUCAAGCCUUACUUAACCCGAGUUUAAUGACUAACAUUUGGGCGUUCAGUGCGUUAAUAACUGCCGCCUGUUUUAGUGGCGGUAUUCUGACCACAAUAGUGAGGGUUAAACCAAAACUUAUUAACUCUAUACCCGACAUAAUGAGUACCGAUAUGUCUGUAUUAAUUGGCAACAACUCGGAUUUGUGGCACAUGUAUGACAGAGAAAUCGGUAACGAUGAACAUUUACCAAUGGACUCGUUGCUAAAACAAAUACAACCUAGAGUUCAGUUUAUUGAUAUUGAGAACAUUAAAUCGGUUAAGCUAAUUAAUGGUUACCAUGUAAAUUGGGAGGCAAUAAAAUUACGACAAGCCGUACUGACCUCUACCGGCAAAACAGUUUUAAAAGCAUUGGUCGAAAGGGGACUGACUGUACGAUCCGAUAGCCGUUGGGACACGAGUUUAGAGUUGGAAAGUGUUAGGGGAGACGACGGGACACAUGUCCGUACAUCUGACCGCAGGACCGAUAGUAGUGUCCGUCCCAUUCAAUUCCAUGCCAUACAAGACUUGUUUACCGAUUAC